UCCGGCUGUACUUCCUGUUUUACUGAGAACACAAGCUGUAACGACGGCGGGAAGUUUUCAUCGUUAACAUUAAAAAAGCUGGACAAACUGCAACACAUCUAAUGGGAUUUCGAUAAUAAUAUCACCCUUGAAAUCAAUGGAAGUGUAAUUGUUAAGUCUCCGGCUGCGAACUAAGGUGCUUUCGGCGCGGGACCGUUCGUGGGACUCAAGAGUCAUGGCUAACCAGGCCGUGAGCAAAACUGCACCAGGAAAACAUGGAAAUGUAUUGCCCUUGUGGGGUAACGAAAAGACUAUGAACCUAAACCCUAUGAUUCUUACCAAUGUGCUGUCUUCGCCCUAUUUCAAAGUCCAACUUUAUGAACUGAAGACAUACCAUGAAGUUGUGGAUGAAAUUUAUUUCAAGGUAACUCAUGUUGAACCUUGGGAAAAGGGAAGCAGAAAGACUGCAGGCCAAACUGGAAUGUGCGGAGGGGUACGUGGAGUUGGAACUGGAGGGAUUGUGUCAACAGCUUUCUGCCUUUUAUAUAAACUAUUUACCCUCAAACUCACUCGGAAACAGCUGAUGGGUCUCAUCACCCACACAGACUCCCCUUACAUCAGAGCACUUGGCUUCAUGUACAUUCGGUAUACUCAGCCCCCAGCUGAUUUGAUUGAGUGGUAUGAUGGCUUCUUGGAUGAUGAGGAGGAACUUGAUGUGAAGGCAGGAGGUGGCUGUGUCAUGACCAUUGGGGAGAUGCUCCGCUCCUUCUUGACCAAAUUGGAGUGGUUUUCAACUUUGUUCCCACGUAUCCCUGUGCCUGUGCAGAAGGCAAUUGACCAGCAAAUGAAAAGUAGGCCUCGUAAGGUUACUCCGAAGGAGGUCACAGAGGAGGAAGCUACUGAAGCAGAACCUGGAAGACCGGGGGAACGCCAUCGUUCUAGAUCCUCCCGUCGAUCACAGAGUCCAAGAAGAUCACCUAAGCGCUCAAGGAGCAGGAGCCAUCAUCGAGACAGAGAUCGUCGUGGCCCAAGCUUUGACCGUGAGUUAGAACGAGAGCGGGAUCGCCAAAGGAAGGAGCGGGACAGGGACAGAGGAGAGCGAGACAGGCGGCGCUCACGAAGCCCAGACAAACCCCAAGAGCGGCGCGAGCGCAGAAAAAGUCGUAGCAGCAGCCGGGACAGGCGCAUUGAGAGAAGAGACAAAGAGAGGGAUGGCGGGGAUGACAGGAGUAGACGGAAAGACAGGGAUUACCACAAAGACAGGGGCUCAGAGAGAGAGCGGUCCCGGGACAGGAAAAACAGGGAGGACAAGGAAGACAGGAGACAUAAAGAUGAUAGGGAGCGCCAUAGAGACGAAAGGAAGGGCAGGAGAUCCACCAGAAGUCGGAGCAGGGAAAAGAAACACAAAAGUGCUGAUGAAAAAAGUCGCAAACGUGAACGGAGCCACAGCCGAGAGAGAGAACGAGACAGGGACAGAGACGGAGAGUCACGGUCUCACAAACGCAGCCGCAGCAAAGAAAGGUCCCAUCACCAGCGCGAGUCUAGCAAUGACUACAAUAAACACAGUGAACGCAGAAGGAGUCAGAGCAUAGAUUGAACUGUUUCUGAACAACAUUUGUGUUUGUUUUUGCUCUAUUCUAUCAGCCAUUGUAAUUUUAGCUCACCAGACAUCUGGAAAUGUCUUGAUCUAGUAUAUUGUUGCCUUUUUAUUUUGUCCUUUCAUCCUUCUACAAAUUAAUUUUGUUUUGAAAAGUGGAAAUUUCCUUUUUUAGAUUUUAUUGUUAUUCUUACAGAAAGACAUUAGUUUGUUGUACAUAAUAUUUGAGGGCUGUUUACACAAGCAUGGUCUGAGUUGUAUUUCCUGCUGUAAUUUUGUAUUUAUGAAGCUCUUUGCUGUUAAAAAUCCCCACACUAAGUUGCAAUGCAAGUUGUUUAAAUUUAAAAGACAUUUGUGUGCUGUUUUUUAACCUUUGUUUUAAUUUGGCAUGAUCUGAGUGAACAUUGUAGCAUAGCCAAUAUUUAUAAUGCACCACAAUUCAGUCCAUUGCUGUGUGUUGACAGCCUGAGAAUGUUUUUUCAAAAGACAAACUGCAAUGGUUAGGUUCUACACAAAACACAAAAUUCGCUUUGUGGUGUGUUUGCCCAUUUUGUUUUUCUAAUAAAAACAGCUGACAAAAAAAGGAA